AUGGUCAAUCGCGGUCCCUCGGGCGCCUGCGUCACCUGCAAAAAACGCCGCGUCAAAUGCGAUGAAGCACGACCGCAUUGUGGGCCGUGUCAGCGCCUCGCGCUACACUGUGGAGGGUACAAGACCAAAUUCGCGAAUCUGAAAUUCAGAGACGAGACGAAGAAAGUCUGCGCUAGGGUUGCUAAGCGCCAGGGGAGUGCGGAUACAGACCGGAGCCAGGAUCAUGAUCACAACAAGGGUCAUGGUCUCGUCCUGCAGCGACCGCUAUCACAGCCCGAUACGGCGGUGCCUUUCUACAUCCAGCUCUACGUCAGCCCCGGCCGCGAGAUCGAAUCGGCCCGCGGGUUCUUCGAGAUGCUCAUCCCAAUCUACAACUCGCAGGCGCAGGACUCGGCGCUCACACUAGCCGUGUCCGCCGUCGCGUCGGGGAUCCAGUCUCUCUGGCGGCAUGGCAGCUUCCAAUCCCUAUCGUCGCCCGCGGAGAGGUAUCAUACUCGAGCAGUCAAGUCGCUCCGCAGAGCCCUGCAGGACCGCAACGAAUGGGGUCAACCGGCGACGAUGCUCGCCGUCUUGGCGCUGCAGUGGUAUGAGAAUAUCGCUGCUGUCUAUGGGCUGAGAUCGGCGACGCGGAUACACCACAAUGGUGCCGUGUCUUUGCUCCCGUUUGUCGCUUCCAAGUACGCGCAUGUGGAUGACAAGGCUAGCACGUACGUCCGAAGAUUCAUCCUCCACGCCGAGGUCUCCUCGGCCCUACGCCAGGAAAGACCGGUGCAAGGUAUCGUCUACUCCUGGAUCGCGGGCAAGCACUCGAUAGCUGCGCCGGAUAACCCCAGCGCCGCACUCGACGCCAUCGGCGCGUCGGUGGCCGAGCUGCAGGCCCGGUACAAGCAGCUCUCCCGGCCCCAGUCCCAAACACUAUCUGCCGCGCAGGACGCGAGAGACUGGAUCGCCGAGGCAAAGCACAUCGACGGCCAGCUCAUGGCCUGGGCCGAGACUGUGCCGGAUCAUUGGCGCCCCGUGAAGCUGUUCAGCGGGUCAGACAUGGACCCCUCAAUCCCGACGUACCAGGCCGUCUGCGAGAUCUACCCAUCCUGCCAGAUCGGCGCGAUUUGGAACUUGUACCGCGUGCAACGCCUCUUACUCGCUAGAAUCAUCAUCACCUCGCUGGGCAUAAUCUCAGAAUCCACCUCGACGUUCCUGGGACUCACAAUGGAGGAUGACGUAUGGGGAUGGGGAUGGGUAGCAGAAGAGUUCGCUGGACAUUUGCACACACUGCAAACGCUCGUCGAUGAAAUCUGCCACUGUGUACCCUUUUACCUGGGAAAUCGAACUCGGACGUUGGGUAUUAGGGACUUUGCCGACGAGACGAUCAUCCUUCCUAGCUGCCAACCACAACCGGCACACGUCACAGCGCAAGCCGAGGGCACAAGUCCACAUUCGACGCCUGGCCAGUCCCCUUCUUAUGCAUCGAGAGACCAGCAGCAUAAGCGCUCGCUCAUCGCCCAGGGCCCCUGGCACCUAAUGAGCCCGCUGAGCCGAUUACUCACGCUCUUCUCAAAGGACCAUGGUCCGCUCCCGGUGUCGCUUCUUAGACCGGGGCAACAUGAGUGGAUAAGGGGGCAGUUUUUGCGUGUUCUGGGUUUGUUGAGGAUUCUGCCGGGUGGGAUUGGAUAUGUAGAUGAUAUCAGCGUUGAGGAUUUAGCACAGGCGGUUCGGAAGGGGGCGAUUUUUAUGAGUGGCCCAUAA